AUGAGCGCCCGGGACCUCGUGGAGGGGGAGGCCAUGUUGGACGAUGAGGAGAAUGAGGAGGAGCUUGUUGAUGAAUAUGGCGAAGGCGGAGAACGCCUCGGUAGAGGUGGCAAUCAUUACGAUUCAAGCGAGGAGGAUGAAGAUGAGGAUGAUGACGAAGAGGCAGCUCGCGCUGUCCGAGAAGGAUUCAUUGUCGACGAAGACGAAGAAGAGGACGACCGCGAGCAUCGCCGACGGGAGAAAAGGAAACGAAGACGCGAAGAACGAGAACGCGAAGAUGAACAUCUCGACGCUGAAGAUCUUGAACUGAUCGGCGAGCUCAAUCCGGGGCUCCAAUCUGCAGCUGCAGCAGAUUCGAAAUUCAAGCGCCUCAAACGCGGUCAUAAAGAUCGAGAUUCGCGGCAGCCGUCUCAGGCCAUUAAUGACUUCUUCAACUCCGACGAAGAAGAUGAGCCCGCACCAGACUACCACAGGCACCCAAGGCAUCCGGGCGAUGAGAUGGACGAUUUCAUCGAAGAAGAUGUGUUCUCGGACGAUGAAGGAGUAGAAAAGGAAGAUUUAGAGGUUGCCCGUCCCAGGAAAUCUAUUGGCUUUGGGGCCACGGAUACCACUGGCCUUGACGAGAACGCUCUUGAUGACAUGCGCGCUGCUUUUGGAGAUGGAAACGAGUACGAUUUUGCUCUUGCUAUGGAGGAGGAAGAGGAGCAGCAAGAGGAAGAUGUUGAAAAGCAUUUAGACCUCAAGGAUGUCUUUGAGCCGUCGCAACUUGCCGAAAAGAUGUUGACCGAAGAAGAUAACCAAAUUCGCAUGGUAGACGAGCCUGAACGACAUCAGAUUGCGCGCAAACCUUACCGCAAUGUUGUAUUAAGCGAAGACCAAUUCCGAGAAGAAGCCGCCUGGAUUUCAAACCUCAUGCUCCUGAAGAAACGGCUUGAGCCAGAGCUUCGCGAACCGUUCCAGCGCUCCGUGGCUAAGGUUCUGGAGUUUCUCGUCACCGAUGACUGGGAGGUACCGUUUAUUUUCCAACAUCGGAAGGAUUACAUGAUUCACACAGUCAAGGUCCCCGUAGAUGGGGCUUCAGCAGACGAUCCAGGCGCUCAAUAUACAAUCCGGGCAGAGAAGUUGCUGAACAUGACCGAUUUGUGGGAUAUUUUUGACCAUGACCUCAAGUUCAAAGCCCUGGUUGAAAAACGCAACACUAUCCAAAAAACAUAUGACAACAUCCGAGCGGUUUUCUCAGUCGACGACUCGAUUGUGGAGGAAAUGCUACCCGUAGCAACUACCAUGGAGGAGCUACAGGACGUCCAGGAUUAUCUUCAUUUCCAGUACGCCUCGCAGAUAAGAGAUCUGACCCUCACCAACGGAGACGCUACCGGGGAAGUCCAAAGACGAAAGGCGCUCACGAGGAACUUUUUCGAGCGUGUCCGAAAUAGCAAGGCGUAUGGUCUCGUACGCGCGUUUGGUAUCUCAGCAGAUGCAUUCGCUCAAAACUGCUUGAAAGAAGGCCGUCGUCAAUACACGGAAGAUCCUUCUGAGCGUCCGGACGACAUGGCGGAUGGGUUCGUUGAUAAUGAUUUCAACAACUCAUCGCAAGUAGUCAAGGCGGCCAAGGGUAUGUUUGCAGAGGAAAUUGUGAUGAGUCCUAAGAUGCGCAAAGUCAUCCGCCAAGCUUACUACAUGAAUGGUGCCGUGGAUUGCUUCCGCACUGAAAAAGGCCUGCGGCGCAUUGAUGAACAACACCCAUACUAUGAAUUCAAGUAUCUGCGAGACCAACAACUUAGCGAUAUCGCGCGCAGCCCAGAACUAUUCCUCCGCAUGUUGAAGGCAGAAGAGGAAGGUCUGAUCGAGGUCAAGGUGCGAUUUGAGAACUUUGAAAACUUCCGCAAGCGGUUAUACCCCAACAUCGAGUCGGAUAACUACAGCGAACUCGCAGACUCUUGGAAUCGUAUGCGACGCGAAGCUGUUGAUUUAGCUCUAGGAAAGCUAGAGCGCGUGAUCAACCGCAGUGUUAAGGAGAACAUUCGCCAGGAAUGCGAAAAUCAUGUUGCAAAAGAAUGCCGAGAGGCUUUCUCUCAACGCUUGGAUCAGGCCCCAUAUAAGCCGAAAGGUAUGAUUUUGGGUACGGUUCCUCGCGUCUUGACGCUGUCCACAGGCACCGGAGUUGUCGGCCGAGCCCCCAUUCAUUGGUCUUACGUUGAGGAGGACGGUCGGGUCCUUGAAAACGGCAAGUUCACCGACUUGUCUUUGGGUGACAGGGAUCGCGGCAUUGCCGACGGCAAAGAUUUGGACGCCCUGGUUGAGCUUGUUAAUCGCCGUCACCCGGAUGUCAUUGGUGUGUCGGGCAUGUCUCCCGAGACUCGACGAUUAUACAAGUUAUUGACUGAAAUUGUGGAUACGAGGGACCUGCGCGGCGCUUUAUACACUGAUGACCGUGAUGAGGAGGUCAGCGACCGCCUUGAUGUAGUGAUCGUUAACGAUGAAGUGGCACGGCUUUAUCAAAACAGUGAGCGGGCGAAGAAAGACCAUCCCAGCUUCGCUCCCCUUACCCACUACUGCGUAGGGCUUGCCAAGUAUCUGCAGAGUCCUCUGAAGGAGUAUGCCUCGCUCGGUCGGGACAUUGUGUCGAUUCAGUUUAAGCCGGGUCAGCAGCUGGUGGCACAAGAGUUACUGCUGAAGCAGCUCGAAACCGCGUUGGUCGACAUGGUAAACCUGGUUGGGGUUGAUAUUAACGAAGCUGUCUCGGACCAAGCUACAGCUAACCUUCUCCCGUACGUCUGUGGGUUGGGUCCCCGCAAGGCAGCACAUCUUCUGAAGAUAGUAAACAUGACUGGAGGUGUGGUCAACAGUCGGUUUGCAUUGCUUGGAGUGGGAGUGCAGUAUCCGGCCAUGGGAGUCAAGGUAUGGAACAACUCGGCAAGUUUUCUUUACAUCGACUAUGAGAGCGCAGAUGCGGAUGCGGAUCCCCUCGACAACACCCGAGUGCAUCCGGAAGACUACGAUAUUGCUCGCAAGAUGGCAGCGGACGCAUUGGAGUUGGACGAGGAGGAUAUCAAGGCAGAAACAGAUGAUAAUGGGCCUGGUGCCAUUGUGCGCAAACUUUUCCGACAAGAUGAUCAGGACCGCGUGAACGACCUAAUUCUCGAGGAAUACGCAGAACAGCUUGAGAGGAACCUCAACCAGCGCAAGCGGGCUACACUCGAAACGAUUCGCGCAGAACUCCAGCAGCCUUACGAAGAACUGCGAAAGCAAUUUGUUUUCCUCAGCACAGAUGAUAUCUUCACCAUGCUCACUGGUGAGACAACAGAGACGCUUGCGGAGGGCAUGGUUGUACCGAUCUCUAUCAAGAGCAUCAGGGACGACCAUAUCGAAGGCAAGCUGGACUGCGGUGUGGACGCACUUGCGGGAGAAUCAGAAAUGACAGAUCGCUACGACAUCCCUGUUAGGGCUAUCUACUCACUCCACCAGACUGUACCAGCCAAGGUGAUGUUCCUGAAUCGCAAGACCUUUACGUGUAACGUCUCGCUUCGUGAGGAGCAAGUCAGCCGGCCAUCUAGGCCAGCUGCCGACCGAGCACACGCAGGCGAAUGGGACCAUCGCCAGGAAGAUCAGGAUCGGGAAGCUCUCGAGGCCAAGACACAGGACGGCGGACGGACGAUGCGUGUUAUCAAGCAUCCGCUGUUCCGGCCGUUCAACUCCACGCAGGCAGUGGAGUUCCUCGGAUCCCAAAGUCGCGGCGAUGUAGUUAUCCGACCGUCUUCAAAGGGACCCGACCACCUGGCCGUCACCUGGAAGGUGGCUGAUGGCAUCUUCCAACAUAUCGAUGUGCUAGAAUUGGACAAGGAAAAUGAGUUUUCUGUUGGGCGUACGCUGAAGGUCGGAGGCCGAUUCACGUACAGUGAUCUGGACGAUCUGAUCUUCAACCAUGUCAAAGCCAUGGCCAAGAAGGUAGAUGAGAUGAUGCUGCAUGAAAAGUACCAAGAGGGCAGCAAAGACACGACCUACCAGUGGCUAGAGACAUAUACCAAGGCCAACCCGAGACGGUCGGCGUACGCCUUCUGCAUCGACCCCAAGCAUGCGGGGUAUUUCUUCCUUUGCUUCAAGGCCGGAGAGCAUGCGCAAGUGCAUAGCUGGCCGGUCAAGGUGAUUCCUCAAGGCUACGAGCUGCAGCGCAACCCUUACCCAGACAUGCGGGCACUGUGUAAUGGGUUUAAGCUGUUGUUCACCAAUAUGCAGAGUGGGAAGCGACGAUAA